AUUUUUUAUGACACAACCUUAAGUAUUGUAUCUUUCUGAUAUACUAAUCUUUUUAUGAGCGCUGUUUUUGAUUUUGCCGUUCAUCGCUCCUCCUCCACCUUGACCUUGCAGAAGAUUCAACAAAAUGUCAGAGUCGAUUCUUGUAGACGAAAUCUUCACCGUUUCUGAUGUGAACAGCGAGAAAUAUCAACGUGUCUCUCGCAUCACCGCAUCCUCUGCUCAAAAUGACUUGGAUUUGAUCCUCGAUAUCAAUACUCAGUUGUAUCCUUUGGAAAAGGGAGCAACUUUCAGUUUGCAAUUAACGAGUAAUCUGAAUAGUCCCGAUUUAAAAGAAGCUGCAGAUUACAUCAUGUAUGGCAAGGUUUAUCGUGUUGAGGAAGCCAAAGAUGACAAAAUCUCUGUUUAUAUCAGCUAUGGUGGCUUGUUAAUGAGUAUUGAGGGCUCUCACCGGAAAUUAUACCGUCUCUCUAAGGACAACGUUUACCUUCUUUUGAGAAAGUAGUUUCUGUUGAGUCUUUCUCUUCUGAAAAAAAAUGGAUCUAUAACUCAACUAUACCUCUACAUAUCCUACUGGAGUAUAACUUGUGCUUGUAGUGAAUUUAUUAGACAUGUUGUCUCUUCUUGGACCCUAAAUUGCAAGUUCGUCGAUUGUACACUUUGCUUGCCAUUCAGUUGAAGUACUCUCAAUAAAAAAAAGGAUUGAUUUUGCGUAAAUAAAGCUUACCAGAGCAGUAAGAAAGACCAUUUUAAUGCUCAAACAUAAACUCUCUCACUUGUCU